AUGGAGGGUCUUUUCUACAACGUCGGCAGCGGCUACAUCGAGGGCAUUGUUCGCGGCUACCGCAACUCGCUGUUGACCAGCCAGAACUACGGCAAUUUGACACAAUGCGAGACUAUUGAUGACGUCAAGCUCCAACUCUCGCCCGCAUAUGGCGAUUUCCUUGCGGCUUUGCCCCCGAACCCGUCGACGUCGGCUCUCGCCAGCAAGACGACCGAGAAGCUGGUCGCCGAAUUCAGAUACAUCCAAGCGAACGCCACCGGGUCCCUUGCCAAGUUUAUGGAGUACCUGACGUACGGGUAUAUGAUCGACAAUGUCGCCCUGCUCAUUACGGGCACGCUGCACGAGCGCGACACCAGGGAGCUGCUGGAGCGGUGCCACCCGCUGGGGUGGUUUGAAACGAUGCCGGUGCUGUGUGUGGCGACGAACAUCGAGGAACUGUACAACUCUGUGCUGAUCGAGACGCCGCUGGCGCCGUACUUCAAGGGCUCACUCAGCCACCAGGACCUGGACGAGCUGAACAUCGAAAUCAUCCGGAACACGCUGUACAAGAACUACCUGGAGGACUUUUACAACUGGGUCAACUCGCACGCGGACAUUGCUGGUACGCCCACCGCUGAGGUCAUGACCGAGGUGCUGGAGUUCGAGGCCGAUCGCCGCGCCAUCAACAUCACACUCAACUCGUUCGGCACCGAGCUCUCCAAGGCGGACCGCAAGAAGCUGUACCCCAACUUCGGCCGCCUGUACCCCGAGGGCACGCUGAUGCUGUCGCGCGCCGACGACGUCGAGGGUGUGCGCAUCGCCGUCGAUGGCAUCUCGGAUUACAAGGCGUUCUUCGACCAGACGGGCAUGAGCGGUGGAUCGGGCGUGGGCAACAUGUCCGGCGGCUCGGGCGGCGAGGGCCGCUCGCUGGAAGACAUGUUUUACCAGAAGGAGAUGGAGAUUUCCAAGCUGGCCUUCACCAGGCAGUUCACGCAUUCGGUCGUGUACGCGUGGGUGAAGCUGAGGGAGCAGGAAAUCCGCAACAUCACGUGGAUAGCCGAGUGCAUUGCGCAGAACCAGAAGGAGAGGAUCGGAAACUACAUCAGUGUCUUCUGA